AUGACACCUAAGCGGAUUCCAUAUGAGGCCGUGAUCUGUAGUGUUGAAGAGGCAAUAUCACGUAACAAGGUUCCGUCUAGGGAUGCGGAGGUACUUAGACAGGAUGUUGCGGUUAUUUUGCGGAAGGCGACAUUACCCAAGAGUAACGUGACUACGGAAGAACGUUUAGCUCUGAAGAACCUGAGAGCGAAUGAGAAUAUCCUGGUUCUAAAGGCGGAUAAAGGGAACGCCACGGUGGUCAUGGACUCGACAGAUUACGACGACAAAAUUCGGCUUUUACUGAAUGAUACGAAUGUGUAUAAGCCCGUUUCAUAUGACCCUACUGCCAGAGUUACGCGCCGGAUAAGGGCUGUCAUUAGGGACUACAGGGAGUUGUUCCAGGAUGAUGUCUUUGACCGUUUACACAGGCCUAGAAUAGUGCAAUCGCCGAAAUUGUAUGGGCUGCCGAAGGUACACAAAGCUAACGUGCCCUUGCGACCAAUCGUAAGUCAAAUCGCCUCACCUACUUACGACCUGGCAAAGCAUGUAGCAUCGGUGUUGCAGCCGCUUGUGGGUAAAACGUCGUCCUUUGUGAAAGAUUCUCGUCACUUUGUGGACAUUCUGAAGGAUGUUAAGCUGGAACCAGAUGACAUAAUGGUGAGUUUUGAUGUCGAGUCGCUUUUCACCAAUGUUCCAGUUAAGGAAUGUCUUGAGGUAGUUAGGACAAGGCUAGCUGACAAUGAGAUACUGGAGUCGGUCAUGGUGUUAUUGCGAAACUGUCUAGAAGGGAGCUACUUUUUAUAUCGACAAAAGCAUUAUCUCCAGAUUGACGGAGUUGCUAUGGGCAGCCCGGUGGCGCCGGUUUUAGCAAAUAUCUGGAUGGAGCAUUUUGAGGCAAACAUAGACCUGCAACCAUGGGCAGUGAAGUUAUGGAAGCGGUAUGUCGAUGAUGUCUUUUGUAUCAUGAAGGGUGGCAAGCAAGAAGUUGAGCAAUUACUCCAGUAUCUCAAUUCCAUUCAUCAGAAGGUGAAAUUUACGUAUGAAUUGGAAUCAGAUCGAAGUUUGCCUUUUCUGGACAUAAAAGUGAUAGGUCGGAUGGAUGGAUCCUUGGCGCACACUGUCUACAGGAAGCCUACUCACACAGAUAGAUACCUCAAUGCUCAGUCUCACCACCACCCUCGUCACCUACUGUCCGUCGUUAAUUCCCUAAAGAACAGAGCACAUGACCUUUGUGACCCUGAAUUUUUAGAGAGUGAGAUGUCACACAUUCAGGAGGUUCUUAGGAAGAAUGGGUACAGGGUGGAUUGUCGGCAACCAAGACGAAAGCCUGCGAAGAAGCAUCCGAAUGUUGCAAGACGACCGGCAUUUAUGCCCUAUGUCAAGGGAGUGACAGACAAGGUUGGUACCAUACUAAAGAAGUAUUCGAUACAGACUGUGUACAUGCCGUUGUCGAGGGUGGCGGGGCAACUAAGGCCUAGAAUAGUGCAAUCGCCGAAAUUGUAUGGGCUGCCGAAGGUACACAAAGCUAACGUGCCCUUGCGACCAAUCGUAAGUCAAAUCGCCUCACCUACUUACGACCUGGCAAAGCAUGUAGCAUCGGUGUUGCAGCCGCUUGUGGGUAAAACGUCGUCCUUUGUGAAAGAUUCUCGUCACUUUGUGGACAUUCUGAAGGAUGUUAAGCUGGAACCAGAUGACAUAAUGCAUCGGUCGCUAGUGUUCAAUGUUCACAUGAGUGGUGAACUGUUCACACGGGGGUGA